GGUUGCCUUUAGAGAAAGGCGAGAAGGCCUUAAGGCCACUCUCCAUAAGGAGGUGACUGCUCUUUCUAAGAAAGACCUCAACAUUUUGUUUCCUCCAGAAACUUCUACACUUCCAUCUCCAACCACUCCACAAGUAGCCAAUAAUAGUUCUGGGCUUCCUGGUCAUUCUCAUGAGGCACUGAUCCUUCUAUGCAAUGUAGCUAAGGCUAAGUCUAUAGAGGUGUUUGAGGCCAUUGAGGUAGCUUGGUUUGAAAAAGUUAGAACUGAGGAGGAGAAUGCCCUACUGAAGUCGAAGCUGGUUGCGACAACCAAAAGAUGUUCUAAGCUGGAGGCUGAGAUGAAGGCUAAGGACCAAACUAUUGUCGAGUUGUAG